UAGGGUCUGACAGGCUGCAGGGUAGUGACCCACCCACACUACAAACUGUAAGUUGCUCUGUAUAUUGCUAUCAAUGGUUGAUAAAUGAUGAAUAUGAAACGAGUAACAUUUUCAUCCCGAGUUAUGUUUUUACAUUUUGUGUCCUGUCGGAAACAUCAUGGUAUAGAGGUAGCGUGUCCGUGCCUGUCAGUCUGAGUACAGGGUGAAACUGCUCCACUCUCUAUCUCCACCACAACACUUCUAAACUUUAAGCAGCCGCUCUCGGAGCGCUAAACGCGGCCUGUGCGCGUCCUUUGGGGCCUAACCGGAGCGCCGGUGGUGCACUGCGGGGGAAGACGGGUGGAGAGUGGCGGGAAGCCUGGGUACUGAGCCCCCGCCGGCAUGUUCGGGUGUCUGGUGGCCGGUCGCCUGGUGCAGACCGACGCGGUGCAGGUGGCCUCGGAUAAGUUCGUGUUCAACCUGCCGGACUACGAGAAGGUGAACCACGUGGUGGUCUUCAUGCUGGGCACCGUGCCGUUCCCCGCCGGGACCGGCGGCGCCGUCUACUUCUCCUUCCCGGACCCCGUGAGCGGCGGCCCGGUGUGGCAGCUGCUCGGCUUCAUCACCAACGACAAGCCCAGCGCCAUCUUCAAGAUCUCCGGGCUGAAGGCCGGGGACGGCGACGCGGCGCACCCGUUCGGGGCGGUGCCGUCCUCCCCGUGUGGCUCCGUGGCGCAGGUCGGCGUGUCGGUGGAGGCGCUGGACCAGCUGGCGCAGCAGAUCCCCGUGGCCGGAGCCGCCGUGUCCUCCGUGGACUCCUUCCUGCAGUUCACCCAGAAGAUGCUGGACAGUCUCUACAACUUCGCCUCCUCCUUCGCGGUGUCGCAGGCGCAGAUGACCCCGAACCCCAACGAGACCUUCAUCCCGUCCAGCUGCGUCCUCAAGUGGUACGAGAACUUCCAGAGGAGGCUGAGCCAGAACCCCAACUUCUGGAAGAGCUGAGGGGUUCAACCCGGGAGGACAGUGUCCAAGCAGUGCCUAGAGCUCAGAGGAGGACCCAUCCUCCUCAUCCUCCUCCCCAUCAGCAUCCUCCUCCACUCCAUCCUCUCUCCUCCUCCUCUAGCAUCAAGAUGGAAGAACCCCUAUAUUCAAGUUUUUGAAAUCAGCUUUCAAAUCUUCAUGGAAUCCACAGAAAGUUGCCUGAAUUUAUUUCCAACUAUUUAAAUUACACAGAUUAGGGUUUUGUCUUGCCUGAUUACAUCACAUUUUGUCUUGAAGCUUCAGUAUUGGUUGGUUUUCUUUAUCCAAACACAACAGACCUCCUUUGACUCAACUCCUCACAUGAUAUUUAAUAUGAGCAAAAACCAUAAAGUGGAUUUGUGACCGAACUGUUCACAGCUGGGAACUCAGAGUUACCAGAUGGGACAAUCCUAUUUCUCAGUGUUCCCAUGACAACAAGAAAAAGUGAAGAUGAAGGUCAACAAAGGUGAAGAACGUGAAUGAAGACGGAUGAAAUGGGAGUGCAGAGGAUCUGGGUGGGCUAAAGAGUGAAACCACUUUGCGGAUCUCUUCAGAACUUCCCAGUUUGACAGCAGUGUAAUGUACUUUUCCUACUUCGUCUCGAACACUCAGUCAUCAGCAGGCGUUUGUGGAGCCGAUGCGUCCACUGCUCCGCGUUUUGUUUGUUGGAAGUUCACACGUAAUACAAACUUUGCCAUCAAAAAUCCCUCAAAAACGUGUGAAAACACCAAGCAAAUGUGACAGAAGUGGACCAGAGCUUCACAGAAUCAUGGAAGUUUUAGUUCUGUUUGCCAAAUCUCCAUUUUAAAGUUUGAUUUGCUUGUUUGUUUGUUUUUUUGUUUUUUUUAUUUGCAUUUCUCGAGGCCUGUUUUUGAUUUUUGUUUGCUGUAGGGAUUCUUGCAGUUUUCCAUUGCGUCAGCUUUAUAAAUAGUGCUUGCUGGAAAAUGUCAAUAAAGUGUGAUGA